GGCCCAGGCAGCUGACAGCCCGCGGAAAUGCGGAGGCUCCCGUAGCCGUCGUGUGGGGAGCAGCUUUCCCUCUCUGCUUUUUGCCGGAAGAUUGGAAAUUUGUUAGCCGGCUGGAGAAAUGAAGACGCUAAGAGGCAGCCGAGAUUGAAAAAUUGAAGACGUUUGCAUAUCUUCAAAGACAAGAUCCACAAAGAAUUUCCAUCUAAGACGGAAGCAAAAGUCAAGGAAAGCAACUUUAAUAUCCUAUCAGACCUGUUUCCAGUGUGUAAAAGCUGCCAUGGAGCAAAUCAGUAAUUUUUUCCAUUCCAUCUGGUUUUUUAUCUGCUUAAAACAUCAGGAGGGCAUCUAUAACACAAUCUGUCUCGCUGUUUUAAUGGGGUUACCUGUUCUUGUCCUCCUUGUAGGAAUUUUCAUCUGUUGCCAUUGUUGUUUUUGUGGUCAGCAGCAAAGGGACAAAAAUAGCCACAGCAGCAGUGGUCCACUCCAGGGGAAAAGAAGACAUAAUAUUAUGAAGAAGAAGAAAAAGAAAGAAGAAGAUCUGUGGAUUUCAGCCCAACCCAAAGUGCUCCUGCUGGCAAAAAGACCAUCAUUGUUGGUUUAGAGGAAUGCAGGUGGACAAGAGUUACUUCCCUUUCCUAUACAGGAAUAUUCCUAUUCCUAUGUCAUAAUGUAUUCAGCUCCACAUCAUAAAGCUGAGAACAUGCCAUUCCGUCUUACUUCCAUAUGAAGGAAGCUACUUUUUAAGCUUAGGAAUGUAGUUGCAUUUUCAAGUUGGACACAUGUUUUACAAGCAAGCUGCAACAUUGCACCAAUGCAGAAUGAAUGAGUGGUGUGCAUCCACGGAAUGCAUAUUAUUUCAAUGUACGCCAAAAGAAUAUGCUUACAUGAACUCAAUAGCAAAUUGUAUUCUACAAAUAGGCACUUGUGCCCUUAAGAUGCAGAAUUCAAACUAGAACUUUUGCUUUGCCUAGCAUAACUUGCACUGAAAGCUUAUGUGCACUAGCAAGUAAGAAAAUAGGCAAACACUGCUGUAUACAUGUAGGUAUACAUCAUAUAUUACCAUUCACAUAGAAUCUGAUUGCACUGAUAUGUAAGCCAAGGUUUUGGAUUAGGUGAUUAGGAAAUUAUAUCAUCAUGAAGGAGAAGGCUAUCAGUGAUUAUUUGCUAGUUUUGGAAGAAAAUUGCUGAGUUGGAUCCUUUGUCUGAACAUUUGGGCACACAAGAAAUCACCUUAUUAACAAAUGUCUCACAUUCUUCUCUAUGCCUGAACUAGUCAUAAUUUUAUAGGUUUUGCACAUUGCUUGGCAUACCAAUAAUCUCUACUUUCAUUCUUAAAAGGGUUAGGUUUUUAAGACUUCUGGCUCUGCUGACAGCUUAGUAUGUACCAAAUUGGGGGAAUGGUGUAAGCUGAGGAUCAGAAUGAUGAAACAUUAAUAUCCCGCAAGUAAUAGAAAAAUAAACACCAAUAUCAUACCAAUCAAAAUGGUGAAAAAUUUGGUGUGGGAGGGAACCCUCCAAUCCUGGAACAACAUAUUACGACAGGGGAAUAAUAAAUCUCUUGGUCAAG